AUGAGGAAGAUUGAAGAUAUAGAAAAAGAAAUAAAACUUGUUGACAGAGAACUUGCUCAGGUCGAUAAAGAAUUAUCUAAAUGGCGAAAUAAACAGCGCGAAUUACAAGAGAAGAAGUCUUCGUUAAAAAAAUCUAUUGAUAAAAUAAAAUCAGAAUCCUUAGCUAGUGUUGAUUGGUCUAACAAUACUUAUGAAUGGUCUGAGAAUGUGGAGAAAACCCUUAAUAAUGUAUUUAAAAUUGAAACAUUUAGGCCGAAACAGUUAAGUGCUAUUAAUUCUACUCUUUCUGGUCAACAUACGAUAGUGGUAAUGCCAACAGGAGCCGGCAAAAGUCUCUGCUAUCAAUUACCAGCUCUGGUCAAACCAGGCAUUACUGUAGUUAUAUCACCUCUUGUUUCAUUGAUGGAAGAUCAGGUUAGAUCACUAAAAAAUAAGAAUAUCUCAGCAAUGCUUAUGACAAGUACAAGUCCAAAAGAAGAAACGGCAACUGCUCUUAAUGCUUUAAAAGAUAAAAAUACUAAAAUUAAACUUUUGUAUGUUACACCUGAAAGACUUGCAAAGAGUAAAAGAUUUAUGUCAAAUUUACAAAAAUGUUUUGCUGAAGGACGGUUGCAGAGAAUUGCUAUAGAUGAAGUGCACUGUUGUUCUCAGUGGGGACAUGACUUUAGGCCUGAUUACAAAUACCUAGGAAUAUUAUCUAACAUGUUCCCUAAAGUUCCAAUUCUUGGUUUAACAGCAACUGCUACAGCCCAUGUUUUAACAGAUGUUCAGAAGAUGCUUAAUAUAACAGGGUGCUUGGUGAUAAAAUCCACAUUUAAUAGGCCAAAUUUGUACUACAAAAUUUUAGAGAAACCCACAUCACAAGAAGAGUGUUUGACAAUAUUAGAAAAACUUUUGAAAUAUAGGUAUAGGGGAGAAAGUGGCAUUAUAUAUACUAACAGUAUUAAAGACUCAGAAGAAAUAGCUCAGGGUUUAAAAAAAAGAGGUUUAAGGGUUGAUUGUUAUCAUGCUAACAUGGAAGCUGCCGCUCGAUCUAAAGUACAUUUAAAAUGGCAUGAAAAACAAUAUCAGGCAAUUGUUGCCACUGUUGCUUUUGGUAUGGGUAUAGACAAGCCAGAUGUUAGAUUUGUUAUUCAUCACACUAUUAGCAAAUCUAUGGAAAAUUAUUACCAAGAAAGUGGAAGAGCUGGUCGAGAUGGUCAAAGAGCAGAAUGUGUAACUUUAUACAGAUUGCAAGAUAUGUUUAAAGUUAGCUGUAUGGUAUUUUCUUCAGUUGGCAGUAUUGACCAUUUAUAUGGCAUGGUAAAGUACUGCCUUAAUGGAAGUUUAUGUAGAAGAUUGUUAAUUGCCCAACAUUUUGAUGAAGACUGGGGAGAUGCAGAUUGCAAUAAAAUGUGUGAUGUUUGUUCAAACCCUAACAUUAGUACUCGAGAAAUUAAUCUUGAAACCCAUUGUAAAACUUUAGCAGGCAUAAUUGACAAUGCAAGUCAACAAGAUACAAAGGUCACCGCCCAGAAAUUACUAGAUGCUUGGUUCUUGAAAGGGCCUGUACCUUUACGUCAAAAAGGUAAAGAACCCAAUUUUUCAAGGAACAUUGGUGAAGAUGUAAUUGCCUUUUUACUUGUUGAAGGAUAUCUUGUAGAAGAUUUUCAUUUUACUGCAUAUUCUACAAUUUCAUAUAUUAAAAAAGGUCCAAAUAUGGAGGCAAUAGAUGAUACAGAUUUCACAUUGAAAAUGCAAGUAAGAAAAUAUGCAGAGUUUCACUUUGAUAGGCCGGCACCUAAAGAUUUUGAUCCAAUUGUAACAAACAAUACAUCAGAAACAAGAAAACGGAAAGCUAAUACUGAAAUUAAUCCUAAGAAAUCAAAGACUAUAGUUAUUGAUGAUUAUGAUGAUGAUGAUAAU